ACCAUGGCAUCAGUUUGGCAAAACAACCUCACUUAUUUGUUUGUGUCGUCCGUAUCGUUCAACUACUGUUUACAUCAGUUUCUUCAUAAAAUACAACUUACAACAAACCGCUCGUUCUUCAGUGCAAACAAAUAAAAUGUUACAUCAAUACUAACCCACAAUUGCAUACAUAAUUUUACAGUAAGUGCGCUUAACUCGCCGGUAACGAUGAAGGUAGGUGAGCUUCUAAGGACUCUGAUGGAAAGCAAUAUUUGAUUUGAGUAUGAGUGAUACUGACGACACCGAUGAUUUGCUGCUAGUUCCACCAGACCAAUACAUUGCUAAUCCUGAAACCGAAGUGAUCCAGUCGCUCGCACAUGGUACCUAUUUCAAAAUCGUCGAUUCGCUAAUAUCUCAAGUAAACCGGCUGCAUACACGCGUGCAUUCAAUCGAACAAAUAGAUUUAACAUCUACUAGUAUUGAUGACACCAUGGAUCAUCAUUCCAACAGGUACAAAAGCUCUGAUGACAUAUUAAGAGAUGGCUACUACAAUAGUAGUACAUUCAGCACACCACAAAAACCUAGAAUGAGGUACAGAGCCAGCUCACAAAGUCCACAAAAGCCAAAAAGCUGUUUUACAGCUACAAAAAGUAAUUAUUCUCCCAGGAAGUUGCAUGAAUUUAAUGACUAUAUUCAUACCACAUCCAAUGCGAUAGAAACAAAUAAGAAACUUGAUGCAAACAGUGACAUUGUGGAGGUGAAUGGUAGGAUUAUUAAUUUAGCUGAAAUUGAAAAUAUGCUGGAGGAGAUUGAGGUACAGAAAAAAAAGAAUGACCUUAGACUUAGGGAACAGGAGGAAGUUAUGCAGAAAAGUCAGGCUUGGAGGAUGGGAGAUGAUGUAAAAACAUUACCUCCAUCUUGUCAAAUGCAAAAUGAUAAUCAAGUCACAGAGAAUUGCAACGAUUUUGCCAAAAUGACUGUAACAACUCUGGGUGUUACUACAAGUGGAUAUGGUGGAGAUAAGUCUUCUACUCUUAGCAGUACUACUACAACAACAGAUUCAACUCAGUUGACUGCUAGGCAUGUAAUGCCAACAAGACAGAAUAAUGGCGAAUUUGAGAAUUUUAAUCAUACUGAGGAGAUUUUAAAAAGUAGAAGACUGUUGAGUUUGAAUGAGCUUUGGGGACAGAAUGAACAAGUUGGCAGUUUGACAGAGAGACUAGAAGAGGAAAAACUCAGGAGACAACACUGUGAAGAUUUAAUACAAGACUUACAAACGCGUUCGUUAGAAUUGCAAGAAAGGUUAGCCGUUGCUGUGCAAGUUGAUAAAGCUAAAGAUAACGCCCUGUCGAAGUUUCACGACUCUUGGGAGAAGGUAACGUCUCGAUUGCGUACUUUAAUGUUGGAAAACAGGACUCUAGAGGAAAAAAUACAAGAAUUACAUUUAAAAAAUGAACAGAAUAUGCAGGAAUGUUCAAUGAAAAUCAAACAAUAUGAAGCAGAAGCAUCAAAAGCUUUAAACCUUGCUCAUGGCAGUCAUGAUAAACUUAGCAGUUACAUGGUACAAAAUACCGAACUACAAGAAAAAUUAGAAUGUCUUGAGAAGAAAAUCCUGGAAGUUGAAGAGAGUCACAAUGCGGAAAUACAGAAAAGUAAAAAAUUAAACGAUAUUAUCGUACAGAAAGAACUGGAUUUGACUGAGAGCAGAAAUGUUUUGAACGAUUCGCGACUAGAAGUUGCGAACAGUAAGAAGGCGAUUGAAUUGUGCCAAGUUGAAUUCGCAAAUAUGAAAACACAAUAUAACAGUUUGGAGGAAAUUUUAACCGAGAAGCAGAAAACAAUAAAAGAUCUUGAGUCUAAAAUCCAUGGUUUAGAAACAGAUAAUGAUAAUCUUAAAGUUUUACAUGCUGAUGCACAAAGGGAAGUAUUGGUUUGUAAAGAAAAAAUGGACAAAACAAAAAGUGAUUUAAGAGAUUUCUAUCAGCAACAAGUAGAAUUGCUUGUCCAGGAUAAACUGAAAGAGUUCCAAUCACAGCUUGAUCGAGCUGAAACUUCUUUACAGGACGAAAUCAACAAACGGGAACUUUCCAUUGCCAAAACAGCAGCUACACACAUUCAACAAAUUACUGAUAAACACAAUUUAGAAGUACAAUUAUUAGAAGAAAAGCAAAAAGAAGAAAUUAAGUAUUAUCAGAUGCAACUUCAGCAAGCACAGCAACAAAUUACAACACAAGAAAGUAAAUUAAAGCAUUUCAACGAACGGCGGACGGCGUUAGCGCAUCAAUUGCACAAAGUAAUGGAAGUGCAGUGGAUGGAAGCAUUGAAAAUCAUUAACAAUACUAAAAGUCCAUACAAUAGCACACCGAUUGACACCACAUUGGACCAGUUAAAAUCACUCAAAGUCAAAAGUCAUAAUAAUUUAGAAGAAGUGCUUUCGGACCCUGGUGAAUACUCUGCGGAGCUUGAGAGAGAUAAUUUCCAUGCUCUGAGUGAAACACCUGUAAGUUCUAAGGUACAAAUGAAUAAAAUUCAGAAAGAGUCUCGGGACAAUGGAAAUGAAUUGCAAAAAUAUGUCAGUCUUUUAUUGAAUAAACAGUCAACUUCGACACAAAUGGAACCCAUGAAGGAAUCCAGUCAGCCUACACAAAAAAGUGAGGAAAUCGUAGAUAGGAAUAAAAUCAACAUAAAUGAUAAUCGCACGAUGAAACCGCCUUGGAAGUGACUAGAUUAUUAGUCUGGUGGAACUAGCACUAAUUUGUUUUUCUUUUUUACACAUAUCAGAAAUACCACGAUGUAUACAGUGUUUUACAAGUAAGUGUAAUAUAAUAUAUUUUUGAUAUGCAUUUUAUGAAAUUGAGACAAUAUUUUGUGUGUAGAGUGCGCAAUUAAUUUAUAUCAGUAUUUGCCAUUCACCUUCAAUAAAUACAAUUUAAUUAAA